UCAGACGCACAUUUGCUCGCAUUACAUGCCUAACCAGCACAUAGUGAAACGUUGGUAAAAUUAAAACGAUGUAACAGCGAUCUCUUCGCCUAGAUGGACCUUCCUCUGUAACCUCUCCAGCAAAUAACGGUGCGCAACCGGAGCGGACGUCCUUUCACUGGCGAUCAGGACCGAAGUGCCUAAACUAGGAGAGGCAUUCCUGAAUCACCGAAGUAUGUUUACAUUUCUAAACAAUCUCUGUACGAGCUGAUGAGGACAAAAUCAUUCUAAGACAGACAAACUUCCGCAGAUCUUCGUCCACAGUGGCGCAGCGAAGCGCAGGAGUUCGGCUCAGCUUUUUCUUUUUUUGCCUGUAGACAAGACGGCACUGAGUGCUGGAGGGUAUACAGAGAGACUCCUGCGGGGUGAUUGUUUGCAGCCUGCUGUAGCAGGUGUUUUCACUGAUCCGCCAGCGAAGGACGGAGGGGGCUUUAUCCUCAUCUUUCGUUGUAAGGCUGACAAAAGGCAGAAAAAAAAAAGAAAGCCCGAUGAGAAUGUUGCACCAAGAACAAUGCGCGUAGAGUUGUCGCAUUUUACCCAAAUCCACACAUGCUCCGUAGAUUUCAGUUUUCAUGAGCAGUUCUGACUCGUCUUUGGAAUUUUUUGAGAGAGAAAAAAAGUGGAUCUAACGACUUUGCAACCAUGCGAAAUACUUGGUUAUCUCCCCGGAGUGUGAUUUGGGAAUAUUGGACUUCGCUGAUUGCAUGCCUCUUUUGGAUUCAGUACACUUGCGGGAUGCCUCACGUUAUACGAAUAGGUGGGAUUUUCGAACAAACAGACGGACCUGUUUCACUUGUUAGCGCAGAAGAACUUGCCUUUAAAUUUGCUGUGAAUAAUAUAAACAGAAACAGGACUUUGUUGCCAAACACAACAUUAACAUACGACAUACAGAGGAUAAAUAUCUAUGACAGCUUUGAGGCAUCAAGAAAAGCCUGUGACCAGCUGUCUUUAGGUGUGGUCGCAAUAUUUGGACCAUCACAUAGCUCAUCUUCAAAUGCUGUGCAGUCUAUCUGCAAUGCGCUGGAAGUGCCACACAUUCAGGUGCGGUGGAAACAUCACCCUAUGGACAACAGGGACUCAUUUUAUGCCAAUCUAUACCCAGAUUACUCAUCAUUAAGCUAUGCCAUUCUGGACCUGGUACAGUAUCUCAAAUGGAAAACAGCCACUGUUGUAUAUGACGAUAGCACAGGUCUAAUAAGGUUGCAGGAGCUGAUUAUGGCCCCAUCAAGAUACAACAUCAGAUUAAAGAUCCGCCAGCUUCCGCUUGAUACAGAGGAUACAAGGCCUCUUCUAAAGGAGAUGAAGAGAAGUCGGGAGUUCCGAAUCAUCUUUGACUGCAGUCACCACAUGGCUGCACAAAUUCUCAAACAGGCCCAGACCAUGGGGAUGAUGACAGAGUAUUACCACUAUAUCUUCACCACUCUGGACCUGAUGGCCAUUGACCUUGAGCCAUAUCGCUUCUGUGGUGUCAACAUGACUGGCUUUCGCAUCCUCAAUGUGGAUAAUCCCCAGGUUGCGUCGAUUGUGGAGAAAUGGUCAAUGGAAAGGCAGAUCCCACCUAAACCGGAUUCAGGCCUCCUGGAGGGCAUCAUGACGACAGAUGCAGCUCUGACCUAUGAUGCAGUUCACAUUGUAUCCGUCUCAUACCAGCACGCUCCACAGAUGACUGUGAACUCACUGCAGUGCCACCGACACAAGCCCUGGAGAUUCGGAGGACGCUUCAUGAGUUUCAUUAAAGAGUCUCACUGGGAUGGUUUGACUGGAAGAUUAUCCUUCAACAAAACAACUGGCCUUCGCACAGAUUUUGACCUGGACAUCAUCAGUCUGAAGGAGGAUGGACUUGAAAAGGUGGGGAAGUGGAGUGCAUCAGGAGGUCUUAACAUCACAGAAGUGCCAAAGCGAAAAGGGAUGAACAUCACUGAUUCCCUUGCUAACCGUUCCCUUGUCAUCACCACUAUUCUGGAGGAGCCAUAUGUCAUGCUUAAGAAGUCUGACAAGGCACUGGUUGGGAACGACCGUUUUGAAGGAUUCUGCAUCGACUUGCUGAAAGAGCUGGCCAAAAUCCUGGGAUUUACGUAUGAGAUUCGCCUGGUGCCAGAUGGGAAAUAUGGCUUUCAGGAUGACAAGGGCCAGUGGAAUGGCAUGGUUAGAGAACUUAUAGAACAUAGAGCAGACUUGGCAGUGGCCCCUCUCACCAUUACCUACAUGCGUGAGAAAGUCGUUGACUUCUCAAAGCCCUUCAUGAGUACGGGCAUCAGCAUCCUUUAUCGAAGGCCCAAUGCCACAAACAGCGGCUUCUUUUCCUUCCUGAACCCCAUGACUCCAGACAUCUGGGUGUAUAUUCUUCUGGCAUACCUAGGUGUUAGCUGCGUUCUUUUUGUCAUUGCAAGGUUUAGCCCAUACGAAUGGUAUGACGCUCACCCCUGUAAUCCUGGCUCAGAUGUGGUGGAGAACAACUUCACUCUCUUUAACAGCUUCUGGUUUGGAGUUGGUUCCUUAAUGCAACAAGGAUCGGAACUGAUGCCCAAAGCUCUGUCAACCAGAAUAAUAGGUGGAAUCUGGUGGUUCUUCACACUCAUUAUUAUAUCUUCCUAUACUGCUAAUUUAGCAGCUUUUUUAACUGUGGAGAGGAUGGACUCGUCAGUAGAUUCAGCAGACGACAUGGCCAAGCAGACCAAGAUUGAGUAUGGUGUCGUCAAAGAUGGAGCAACAAUGGCUUUCUUUAAGAAAUCAAAGGUUUCGACAUUUGAGAAGAUGUGGGCCUUCAUGAGCAGCAGGCCAAGAACAUCCCUGGUGAAAUCUGUUGAAGAUGGAGUUCAGAGGGUGCUGAAGUCUGACUAUGCGCUCAUUACAGAGUCCACCACCAUUGAUUAUAUCACUAGGAGAAACUGUAACCUGACACAAGUGGGAGGGAUUAUUGACAGCAAAGGCUAUGGCAUUGGCACUCCCAUCGGCUCUCCAUACAGGGACAAAAUCAGCAUAGCAAUCCUCAGCAUCCAGGAGGAUGGUCUUCUCCACAUUCUGAAGGAGAAGUGGUGGAGUGGAAACAGCUGCUUGGAUGAGGAGCGUCGUGAGACAGGCCCCAUGGGGAUCCAGAACCUGGGUGGUAUAUUCAUUGUAUUGGCAUGUGGCCUGGUGCUAUCUGUCUUUGUGGCGAUUGCUGAAUUUAUCUACAAGCUGAGGAAGACUGCUGAACGCGAACAGAGGUCUUUGUGCAGCGCCAUGGUGGACGAGAUCAGACUGUCGUUCACCUGCGAGAGACGAGUGAAACAAAAGCCCCAGCCCCCAGUCAUGGUGAAGACGGAUGCAGUGAUCAACAUGCACACCUACAACGACCGGCGACUCCCAGGAAAGGACAACAUGAGCUGCAGCACUGGGAUGACUCCUGUAUUCCCAUGACAAUGUGUUCCCCGCAGGGCAAGAACCUCGUGAGCAACAUUUCAGGGGCAGUGUCGGAGCCCAGAGACAAUGGCAUAGAUGGGAUCAACAAAUAUAUCAUAAACCACAGUGACAUGGGAACACUAACAAAACAUGGACAACUCAAAUUGGCAGCAUCAGCCACACAGGUAUGAC